UGUCUCCUUGUGAAUUUUUCAGGCUGUGCGCUGGAAGUGCAGGAAUGAAUCAUUUGUUCUGCUAGCCAGAAGAAAAAUGCUCUUGCUGCUAAUUAACUUAGCAGCAAGAGCAAGAAGCAAGAAGCUAGUUGUUUGGCUCUGGAGCUAUGCUAGUGCACAGUGCAGGUGAAGCUGGAGUUGGGCCACAGAGCCCAGCUAAGGAAGAAGGUAACAUCAGAAGGCUUCACCCACGACUAGAUGGUGUUUGUCCGAGGGCCAGAGACCCGCGACAUCCAGCACUUUGUAGAGAAGGUUGUCUUCCGCCUGCAUGAGAGCUUCCCUAUAUCCAAGAGAGAGUCCCCAUCAGGCCCCCACAUACAGCACUCAGCCCCUUCGCUGAUUUUGUCCAGGGGCCACUGGCAGUAUUGCAACAAAAAAUCCCUCUGCGACCAAGAAAGGAUUUUUACCAUAGACCACCAUUGUAAAAGAGACAAGGAGCUGCCGAAAAAGAUGUGUUUUAAGUACCAGCUUAACCUAGAGGGUGACCACCUGCGCUGUGAGACGCUCACCUUCAACAACCACACCAAAGACUUCAGGAGAAAGCUGAUCAAAGCUGGAGCGGUAAUGAUAGUUCCAAAGGGCGCUAAGGCAGCAACAAGGUCCAGUCCAGACUCCUCUAUACCCCCAACUAAGAAGAUCAAGACUUCCCAUGUGUCCGAGGAACCCAGCAAAGAAUGAAGUAAUGGCAGCAGUCAAUCUGCACAAGCCAACCAAGGAGCAUCGUGAUUGGCCCUGAAAAGACUCUGAGAGCAAAGCAGACGACAGAGGCUGCCACCCACUGCUCCCCAUGUGCCCAAAGAGAGCACUCUCUUGUUUUCAGCUGUGAUCCGUCUUGCAGGCAAGAUCCAUCAUCCAUAAUUUGUUGCAAACAUCCAAUGUGUUUGACUCACUUAAGACACAGUUGUGUAGCAGGGUGGAGACUACAGGUGUGUAUUCUGACUAUUUGAGUGUAGCCUGUCCUGACGUAAACCAGUCAUGUCUGCAGAUUGUAAAGCUGUGAUUUUUCCAAAUUAUGAAAUUCAAGGUCUUCAUUGUUCAAUUAUGUGUUUAGGUACAAUUAUGAUGACGUAAUAGGGCUCCAAAGAGGAGGUAAAACUGUUCUCACCUCCAGUUUCCAUUAUUUGCAGUGGACACAACACAAUCAUAAUUUUUUUGUUUUGUGACUUUUCUGAAAACCAUGUCAGAUUGUCAAAGUCAAAGCACCUGACCUUGAACUGUAUAAUUUUUAAUGCUGUCAGUUUAACGCGUUAUUAACGGCGUUAACGCAAACCCAUUUUAACGCCGUACAUUUUUUUUAUCAUGAGAUUAACGUUCUU